AUGUAUCGUCUCCUUCAUCUCUUUUUCGUGCUGCUAAGUGGGACGUUCCUGGCCAUUGCGGCCCCGGUUGAGCUUCCAGAUGGCAUGCCCUUUCCGAGCCCCAGCGAGCUCAAGUUGAUCGAGAAGAAGGCCCAUGGCACUCUUCCCAAUGGCCCUCCUCCUCCGGUGAUCAGUCAGGACGGUAUCAUAAACCUCAAAUUGAUUGCGUUCAACGAACUGUUUGAGGUCGCCUUCUUCAACGAGUUAAUUACCAACAUCACCGAGGGGGUCGAAGGAUAUCGCUUCACGGAUACUGAGGAUCAGCAUCUCGUCCUGGAGUCCUUGAAGGCCAUUCUUGCCCAAGAAGAGCUCCAUGCCCUGCGGGCUAACGAUGCCCUUAGCCACUUCAACAUCAAUGAGAUCGAACCCUGCAAGUACACAUUUCCCGUUCAGGAUUAUGACUCGGCUAUCGUUCUGGCAUCCACCUUUACCGAUGUUGUCCUGGGAACCCUGCAGGACGUGGUCGAGCGUUUCGCACUGGGACGAGAUCCCGAUUUAGCUCGCGAGAUUUCUUCCGUUAUCGGCCAGGAAGGCGAGCAACAGGGCUGGUUCCGAGUGAUGCAGGGAAAGAUCCCCAGCGAAUUACCUUUCCUCACCACUAGCGACCUCAACUUCGCCUUCACAGCUAUUCAAGGCUUUGUUGUUCCAGGCAGUUGCCCGAACAUCAAUGAGAUCCCACUACGGACUUUUGAGGCCUUGAAUAUCCUCACUGCGCCAGGCCCUCAGAGCCAGAACAUUACCGUCACAUUUGAGGACCCCAACCAUGAAGCUGAGCAUCUGCUGUGGAUAACCUACAUCAACCAGCAGAAUGUGCCCGUCGUCGAGCCUCUCGAUAUCCUCUCCCGAACCGGUACUACUGUUCAAGCUCAGGCUCUGUUCCCCUUUGAUGACCAUGAGAUGAAUGGCCUGACCAUUGCGGCAAUCACCAAGAGCGACGGUCCUUUCAAUGAUGCCAAUUCGGUGGCCAAGUGGACGCUCGCAGGACCAGGGUUAAUUAUCGUCAACUAA